AUGAACAAGGACAAUGAAACAUAUCUCAAACUUUUUCAACCAGGUUCUAUUAAUCAUCACAGGACUUGUUUCUUCUCCAAAAAAGCUAAAGUUACCACAACCAUAAUUGCUCUGUUUUGCUUAGUAGCAACUUUUUGUUACUAUUUUGCAGCCUCCAAUAAUAACAUAAUUUCAGGUGAUUAUUUCAUUCCAAAUCAAGACCCUUCAUCCAUCCAAACAAACAAACACCAAAAACAAGAAUAUCCACUUAUAUGCACCAAAGGGAACAAGACCAAGACACAAACAUGUCCAAGAGACUAUUUUCCUACAAAGCAUAACCCAACAAAUCAAUAUAGCCAUGUUUGUCCCUCAUACUUUAGAUGGAUCCAUGAAGAUCUAAAGCCAUGGAAAGAACAAGGGAUCACAAAGGAAAUGCUGGAAGAAGCAAGAAGAACAGCACACUUUAAGAUUGUGAUUGUGGAUGGAAAAUUGUAUGUGGAGAAGUAUAAGAAGUCAAUUCAAACAAGAGAUGUUUUCACUUUGUGGGGUGUUUUGCAACUUUUAAGAUUGUAUCCUGGGAAGUUGCCGGAUUUGGAACUCUUGUUUGAUUGCGACGAUAGGCCUGUUGUUCCUUCGGAUAAGUUUCAUGGCCCAAACGCUUCGCCACCACCUUUGUUUAGAUAUUGUUCUAAUCAAUGGAGUUUGGAUAUUGUCUUCCCUGAUUGGUCCUUUUGGGGAUGGGCUGAGAUAAAUAUAAAGCCAUGGAAUGGACUCUUGAAAGAGAUAAAAGAAGGGAACAAAAUGAUCAAGUGGGAGGAUAGAGUACCUUAUGCUUAUUGGAAGGGGAACCCUUAUGUUGCUCCAACUAGGAAGAAUCUUUUGAAGUGUAAUGUUACAUCAGAAAAUGAUUGGAACACUCGCCUAUACAUACAAGACUGGAUAAAAGAAUCCAACGAAGGUUACAAAAAAUCCGGCUUAGGCGACCAAUGCACCUACAGGUACAAAAUAUACAUACAAGGAUAUGCUUGGUCGGUUAGUGAGAAAUACAUUUUGGCAUGUAAUUCCAUGACAUUAUAUGUAAAAUCCGAGUACCAUGAUUUUUUCAUGAGAGGCAUGGUUCCAUUACAACACUAUUGGCCUAUUAGAGACAAUUCUAAAUGCACCUCUCUUAAGUUUGCUGUGGAAUGGGGCAACAAUCACACUGAUAAGGCACAAGCAAUAGGAGAGGCUGCUAGUAGAUUCAUACAAGAGGACUUAAACAUGAACAAUGUAUAUGAUUACAUGUUUAAUCUUCUUAAUGAGUAUGCAAAGCUUUUGAGGUUCAAACCAAGUAUACCUCAAGGAGCUGUGGAAUUUUGUUCAGAAACAAUGGCAUGUGAUUUAAAUGGUAUAGAAAGGAAGUUCAUGGAGGAAUCAAUGGUUAUGUAUCCUAGUGAUUCAAAUCCAUGCACUAUUCCUCCUCCAUAUGAUUCUUUAACACUACAAGAAGUUUUAGAGAGAAAUGUUAAUUCAACAAGACAGGUGGAAAUUUGGGAAGAUGAAUAUUGGUUGAAUAAAAAUAAUGGUUAG